CUAAAAAAAGAAAAAAAGGGAGAAUUACGUAGUACAAUAAUUGUAUCGACGACGAGAGGGGACCUCACCUCUACUCCUUUUUUUUUUUGGUACCAGGUACCUAAUUUUUUUAGGACCGCACUAGCUGAGUUCAAGGAGUAUAUACCACAUAAUUCACAUGGGCUAUAUAUCACAUAAACAUCAACCAAAAAGUUGGACAAACAAGUGUAAUUAUUUCAACUUCUCUGUUCACACACCAAAACACAUUUGUGUUGCUAUAUAUACGGAGAGUGUCACCGAGCUCUGAUACAACAAGAACACACAAGUCACAAGUCUGCCUCUUUCUUCAGUUCCUUGUUCUUGUAUUAAAAGAAAAUAGUAAGAAAGACACUAUGGCGGGCUUAUACGACCGUGACAGUGAGGUAAAAGCAUUCGACGAGAUGAAAAUUGGAGUUAAGGGUCUCGUCGACGCCGGAAUCACACAUAUCCCUCGCAUUUUCCAUCAUUCACCACAUGUCACCGUAGAAAACCCUAUCAAACACUCCUCGACGGUGGUGAUUCCAACGAUCGAUCUUGGAGGUGGCAUGUUCGAGUCCACGGUAACACGAGAGAAUGUGGUUGCGGAAGUGAGAGACGCGGUUGAGAAGUUCGGUUUUUUCCAGGUGAUAAAACAUGGGAUUCCACUUGAUGUAAUGGAGAAGAUGAAGGAGGGGACUCGUGGGUUUCAUGAGCAAGACACGGAAGUGAAGAGAGGAUUUUAUAGCAGAGACAUCACCAAGAAGGUUAAGUAUAACACUAAUUUUGAUCUCUAUAGCUCUCAAGCUGCUAACUGGAGAGAUACUUUAACCACGGUUAUGGCUCAUGAUGUUCCUAGAGCUGAGGACUUACCAAAGAUUUGUGGGAAUAUCAUGUUGGAGUAUUCAAAGCAAAUGAUGAAGUUAGGAGAACUAAUCUUUGGACUUUUAUCAGAAGCUCUUGGUUUAGAACCUAACCACCUCAAAGAACUGGACUGCGCAAAGAGCUUGUCAUUGCUCUCUCAUUACUACCCGCCUUGUCCAGAACCUGACCGAACCUUUGGGAUAAGUUCACACACAGAUAUAUCUUUCAUCACUGUUCUUCUCCAAGACCACAUUGGAGGACUUCAAGUUCUCCAUGAUGGAUGCUGGAUCGAUGUCCCUCCUAAUCCCAAAGCUCUUAUCGUUAACCUCGGAGAUCUCUUACAUCUUAUAAGCAACGAUAAGUUUGUUAGUGUGGAGCAUAGGGUUUGGGCGAACAGAAGUGAAGAACCGCGCAUUUCGAUAGCAUCUUUCUUUAUGCACACCAUACCAAAUGAGCAAGUAUAUGGCCCCAUUAAAGAGCUUGUUUCUACACAAAACCCUCCCAAGUACAGAGACACCACCACGACCGAAUUGGCGAGGCAUUACUUGGCUAGAGGACUUGAUGGAGCCUCUCCUUUGCUCCAUUUCAGGAUAUGAAUAGUAAGAGAUCGACCCUAAUGUCAGAGGUUUACCAAGAUUUGUCGUGUACAAUAAAAUCACAAGAAUACAUGUGAUAUCGUAUGCUUAUUUUCACAUUUGGUCUCAUCAUAUUAUCGUGUAUCCAAUAACCUAUAGACUUAAAACGAUCAGUAUCUUAAAACGUUUUAUUAUGUUGUUGUUUUUUUUUUUUUUGCUAAAAAAUGUUUAUAAUAAUAAAACAUGCGAAAAUGCUUAUCUCAUCCUUCGAAAUAUAUGUAGUUCUUCAGUUGAGAAUUGAGAUAUAUGACUAGGCAAGGACAUACUGCCCAGAACUAAAAGAACUAAACUGAACUGAACUAUGACUAGGCAACUGAACCGAACUAAUAAGUAUCCGAAUAAUCAUAAAUACUCGAACAGUUGAUGUAUU